UCACAACUCGUCAAACCUCUGGGCACGAUGAGGAGGAUGGCGGAGGAUAUACAACCUCACAAGGAGCAGAGCUCCUGGAUAUCAAGCUGGUUACCCUCAUGGUGCCCCACUUCUCCUUCUCAGCUGAAAGAUGCAGAAGAAAAAAUGCUCAAGACUGUGAAACGGCCAUAUUCCAGACAGCACGUCCGGAUAUCCAACAACAACUACCUGUGGACGCUAGCCUUUUCCACACAGCUGCACCCUUGCUCUCCAUCCCAACCCAAGACUCCUCUUAUUCUGCUUCAUGGCUUUGGAGGUGGGGUUGCGCUUUGGGCCCAGAACCUGGACGCUCUCUCCACCUUCGGACCGGUUUAUGCUCUGGACCUGCUGGGAUUUGGCAGGAGCAGCCGACCACAGUUCACCACAGAUCCCGAGGGGGCUGAAGAGCAGUUUGUGGAAGCUCUGGAGGAGUGGAGGGAGAAGGUUGGACUGGAGGAGAUGGUGCUGCUGGGACACAAUCUUGGAGGAUAUCUGUCAGCAGCUUACACACUCAAGUACCCAAACAGGGUCAAACAUUUGCUGCUGGUUGAGCCGUGGGGAUUCCCAGCACGCCCAGAGAACCCCAACCAUCACUCCAUCCCCAUGUGGAUCAGAGCCAUCGGCGCCAUCAUGAGCCCUUUCAACCCUCUGGCCGGGCUCAGACUGGCUGGACCUCUGGGUCCGACGCUGGUCCAGACCAUCAGGUCUGAUUUCAAGCAGAAAUACUCCUCUGUCUUCGAUGAUAACACCGUGUCCGACUACAUCUACCACCUGAACGCCCAAACUCCGAGUGGAGAGACGGCCUUUAAGAACAUGACGAUUCCCUAUGGCUGGGCUAAGAGGCCCAUGCUGGAGCGGAUCGGCCAGGUUCGAGCCGAUAUUCCCAUCUUCUUUAUUUACGGAUCUCGAUCCAGUAUCGACAGCAACUCUGGAAAAGCCGUCAAGAAAAUCAGACCAGAUGUAGACAUCACGGUGAUCAGAGGAGCGGGUCAUUAUGUGUUCGCCGACCAAUCAGAGGACUUUAACCAGGCAGUUCUUCAGAUUCUCACCAGGGAGAGCAAAGAAGAGGGAGGGAAGCCGUGAGAUUUAUGUGACGGUGAAGAGACACAGGAGAGCACAAGGAUUAACAAAGUCCAAAGCCAUUAUACAACCGCAGCAGUAAGCCUCUUUAUAAUGCACUUUACUCUUUCAAGAGACCUAAAACUGACAGGGGACACUUGACUCAUCACGGCACACUCCCUAAAGCCCCGUUCUAGAUUUUGCCACAAAUUUCCAAAUUCACAUAAAUACGUUUUUAUAAAUAAACAUGAGAUUUAGUCUGUGUUGCUGUAGUUCUUUCAUCUUCUUUUUUUUUUUUUUUUUUUUUUUUUAACUGUGGUGCAACUUUCCUCUUUUGAGGAAAUGUUGAUUUAGUAAACAGAAUGUCCUUUUGAUUGCCCCUCACCCACUUUGAGAUACAAGGCAAAAGUAAGCAGGACAAAGGGUAACUGUGAUUCCCAUGAAAUGCAUCUUCUGAGAAACUCAGAAUGAGCGUGUCCAGCAGAUGGCAGCAGAUUUACAGCAUGCAUGCCUCACCUCUCUGCUCUGCAGAAAGGCAACAGCAAAUCUGCACUCAAAGCAAAGCAAAGCGCCCUCACAUGCAUAUUGAGUUGAGUGACCUACUCAGGAGACCUGGACAGUGAUGCUCUGAGAGCCGUACGCCACUCGGCUCACUGUUAAGUCACAACUGCAGUGACAGAAUAGGGUCAGAGAUGUGUGCCGGACUAAAUAUAGGCCUUCUGUUUGAAGAAGCAUCGGCAUGAUUCAAAGAACUCACUGGGAGAUAUUUAUGAGUCUGCAAAAAAACACCAGCAGCUUUGAUUUUUUUGAUUCAGCUUGUACUAUUAGACAAUUUUGCCUCUUUUUUGCUAUAUUUUACCAGACUGGGGCAAUCAAACAAAUCAAAUCUGAGAUAUUUGUUGCACACUUAAAGAGAACCCAGAAGUUUUUUUGCAUAAAAAUACAGUUCCUUUCAUCUAAGUAUCAUUUUGAAGGUAUUCUGAUUUGUUUCAGACCAUUUAGAAAUUCAAAAAAGCUGUUUGGCUAAUGAUUUAUAUUUUGGGAUUUUGCAUGUUUAAACUUUAUACAUGUUUAAUCUUCUUUACAGCAAGAAGACCAUUUAUUGUAUCUGUCAAAGGAAGAUAGAAAAAGCCGUUGCUGAAGUUAAAUGGAAGUUAAAUGAACUCACUGAGCUAAGUUAAGCAGGGGAUUGUGUUAUUUCUGGGUACAGAGUGUCUUGGCCUUUACCAGUACACUUCCUCUGUUACCUCUGCCAUCUCUGUCAUUUCUCAAACAUCAACGCAGCCCACCCCAGCUGUCUCCUGGCAACAGGGUAGCCACGGAGACCAAGUCCUUUGGAUUGCUGACCUGCAGGAAGUGAUUUUGUGGUUGGACGGGGUAAUUGUGGGUUGUUUUCUUAAAGACGACCACUGGCUGGCUGUUUGUCAAGCCAGCGAGGAAAAUUCAGGAGGAGCUCCACGUGUGCGACCUCUUGGGGCUGAAAACAUACACCAAAAAAAAAAAAAAAAAAAAGGUCCAGGCGUCUGUCCAUAACAGUCAUUUAAUAAUCCUGCAGACUAAUUUGUUGCAUCUCUUUGUUUCUCUGUCACCCACUCAGUCACAUGGUCUUUUCAUUAUGUAAAAAGAAAGAAACUGUAAGAAGUGACAGGAGCUUUCAUACAGGGUUUGGUUAUUAUUGAAAGCCUAAGGGCCUGAAAUAACUGCACAUAAAAGGUGUGUAAGCACAGAAAAACACACAUUUGCGCUGCUGCUGUUUGCCUAUCAGCCGUUAACAUUUCUUUAAUCAUGCAUCUAUGUACAAGUCUGUGCUGCCAAAACAUUAUAAAAUUUGUUUUACAAUG